CCUAAGUAAUAAUGAUCUUUCUGUUAAUGACUUUUCAAAAAAAUAAAAAAUGAUAAUGAAAACAAGGAUUACAUGAGUAUGACCAGACACGUGGAAAUCAAGCUGAAAAAGACAUCGGUUACAUACUCUUGUCUCUCUUUCUUGUGUCAUCACCAACUUUCACUCUUAUUAUUUCUCCGGCCAACUCACCGCCUGAAUUCCUCCUCCAUUCCGAUCAUCCACACCACCUCAUUUCACCAUCGCCGGUGUAACAAACUCCGAAAUGCCGAUUCAAAACACUCAUCAACCAUCACUUGACGGUAACGGUAACGGUAACGGUAGUAAUCCGGCAUUGAACUUCAACUCGUGUGUGAGUAUAGAUAUGAAGAAAUUCUCUCAGUGGGAGCUUUACGCACUUUCUCGCUCUUCAUCCGACGGUCCUGACGAAGGAAACGACGUCGUAAAGAAAGUCGACUCCGAUUCCCGGUAUACCGGCUCAACCGCCGCCGUUAACUCCACUCCAAGGAGAAUUUACGCCUUCUCCUACCGCCGUGGAUAUCGCCGUCGCGUUCCCGAUGACGUCAGCGACGGCGACGCUGACGUACAGGUGAGGGAGAACAAGUUGAUUUUGAAUUCGUUACGGAGAUUAGUUACGGACGGAGAGGCGUACGAUAGCAGAGGCACAGCGGUUCCGGCGCACGGUAGCAGAGCAUCGGCUGCUCCGGCGUACGAUAGCAGAGGCACGGCGGUUCCGGUGGUGGCGGUGGAGGAAAACCCUAGCGGAGUGAAGAAGAGGAAGAGGAAGAGGAAAGUGGAGAAUGAGAGUGAAUAUAAGGGUUUAGAUUUUGUUGAUGUGAAUGGAGAGAUGAUUGAUUUGAAAUAUUUGGUGUGUGAGGCUGAUGGUGUGUUUGAAGCUAGAUUGAAUAGGAUGACUGAGGGGAUGGCGAGGGAGGAUGAGUUUCUAGGGUUUUUGAACGGUUUGGACGGCCGGUGGGGGAGUACUAGGAGGCGGAGGAAGUAUGUCGAUGCUGCGCUGUUUGUGAAAGCGUUGCCGGUUGGGUGGAAGGUGUUGCUGUCGUUACGCCCUCGGGUUCGACAGCCGUCACUUUAUUGCCGGAGAUUCGUCAGUCCGUCGGAUGAACACUUUAAAUCUUGCAAAGACGUUGCAUUCUACUUGAAAUCUCAAUUCGAAACAAAUAAUGCUAAUCCUGCUGAAGUGGGUCUUGGAUCAGGAGCUCUAGUUCAUAUAUCAUCUCAUCCUGCUUCAAAAAUCAACCUUUUGGAAAGUAACAGCUUGCAUAAAGUUCCAACACACAAUCUGAUCAAGUGUAAUAUCUGUAGGGAUUCAUUUACAUCCAUAGAUGAAUUAGAAUCGCAUAUGCAAAACUAUCAUAUGAUAAACAGUCAAAGGUUAGAUAUGGAUGCUUUGACCAGAAAACGCUCAGUACCCCACGGUCUGCUUCUCAUUCGAGAGCCCAAGUAUCCGCCCUCAAUCAUUCAGAAUUCUGUAACACAGAAAACAGCUGUUGAAAAUAAGGCCUUUUUUGAUAUUGCUUCAAAACAUAUAGCGCUUGUGGAUUCACCAGCGAUGUUACAAGAGGGUAUCAGAAUUCGUUGUUCAGACUUCUAGAGGAGAAGAUGAGAGAGACAUCGACAAUUGAGUUCGUUCCCAUCCUAAGUCGUCAAAGAAAGAUUUUGUCAAGACACCACCAAAUAAAUAUAUCUAUUUGUUUAAUAUUCAGUUGUUCGUCUUAAGUUGGCAUCUUAACAGUUGCCUUGAUUCCACAUCAUAGACGGUUUCAAUCACUUUGUUUGAUGGGUUUCUUGAUGUAGCCGAAAUUAAAGGUAAUAUCCAAAGUUGUUGUUUACUACCAUUUGUAUCGUCCAUGGUUAAUAAUGUUGUUAAAUCUCUUUUGAGAAUUUGCUA